AGGAUGCAGUUCGUCCAAACGAUCGCCGAUUUGGCAUCCCGGCCACAAAAUAUAGAAAUCCUCCAAGAUGCAGGCGUGAUGUCCAUGCUGCGGCCCCUGAUGCUGGACGUGGUCCCCAGCAUCCAGCAGACCGCCGCUCUGGCCCUGGGCCGCCUGGCAGACCACAGCGACGACCUGGCCGAGGGGGUGGUCCGAGAGGACAUCCUGCCCCAGCUGGUCCAGUCUCUGGCCUCCAAGAACAGGUUCUAUAAGAAGGCGGCGGCGUUCGUGUUGCGUGCGGUGGCCAAACACUCCCCGGAGCUGGCCCAGGCGGUGGUGGCCUGCAGCGGGGCAGACGCUCUGGUGCUCUGCCUGGAGGAGUUUGACCCCGGGGUGAAGGAGGCUGCGGCCUGGGCUCUGGGCUUCAUCGCACGGCACAACGCCGCGCUGGCCCAGUCGGUCGUGGACGCCGGCGCCGUCCCUCUGCUGGUGCUGUCUCUGACGGAGCCCGAGGUGGCCCUCAAACGCAUCGUGGCCUCCACGCUCAGCGACAUCGCCAAGCACACGCCCGAACUGGCCCAGACCGUGGUGGACACCGGCGCCAUCGCACACCUGGCGCAGAUGAUCCUCAGUCCAGACGCCAAGCUCAAGAGGCAGGUCUUCUCGGCUCUCAGUCACAUCAGUAAACACUCGGUGGGCCUGGCCGAGCUGGUGGUCGAGGCCGAGGUCUUCCCCGCGGCUCUGGCCUGCCUCCGAGACCCGGACGAGUACGUCAGGAAAAACGUCACCACGCUCAUGAGGGAGGUGGUGAAACACACGCCUGAGCUGUCCCAGGUGAUCGUGAACUGCGGCGGUCUGGCAGCGGUGGUGGACGACCUGGGGGUGUGCAGGGGGAACCUGCGGCUGCCGGGGAUCAUGAUGCUGGGAUACGUGGCGGCUCACAGUGAAACCCUGGCCAUGGCCGUCAUUCUCUCCAAGGGGGUGCCCCAGCUGGCCCUGUGUCUGUCCGAGGAGACCGAGCAUCACAUCAAGGCGGCCACCGUCUGGUCCAUCGAGCAGAUCGGGCACCACACCCCGGAGCACGCCAAGGCCGUGGCCGCGGCCAACCUGCUGCCCCAACUGCUGCAGCUCUACAUGGAGGUCAGCAGCUCCGAGGACCUGCAGAACAAGAGUAAAAAGGCUCUGAAAAGCGUCCUGCAGAAGUGCACCCAGCUGGUGUACCUGGAGCCGCUGCUCUACGAGGCUCCCAGCAACAUCCUGAAGUACGUGGUCUGCCAGUUCAGCAAGGUGCUGCCUCACGACAGCAAGGCUCGCCGUCUGUUCGUGACCAGCGGGGGCCUGAAGAAGGUGCAGGAGAUCGAGGCCGAGCCCGGCUCCGCCCUGCAGGAGUACAUCAACGCCAUCAACAGCUGCUUCCCUGAAGAGAUCGUCAGGUACUACUCCCCUGGAUACUCAGAGGCCUUGUUGGAGCGUUUAGAGAAUUACCAGCCAGCCUGACAUCAAGUCACCAU